GUUGACAUGGCCACGAUCAAGCCCAUUGAGGGGCGCUCAGUCCACCAGAUCCAGUCGGGCCAGGUCAUUGUCGACCUGCAGUCUGUUUGCAAAGAGCUCGUCGAGAACAGCAUCGAUGCAGGCGCCACCUCGAUAGAGGUUCGCUUCAAGAACAAUGGCCUCGACACCAUCGAGGUACAAGACAACGGUGGCGGCAUUGCACCAGCCGACUACGACACGAUAGCCCUCAAGCACUACACCUCCAAGCUCUCCACGUACGACGAUCUAUCCUCUCUGAAGACGUUUGGCUUCCGCGGUGAGGCACUGUCCUCGCUAUGUGCACUGUCCAAGUUCCACAUCGUCACCGCUCGAGCGAGCGAUGGACCGAAAGGCACCAAGCUCGACUUCGAGCAGUCGGGCAAGCUCAAAGGAACUUCGGUGGUGGCGGCCAGGCAGGGCACAAUAGUAGUGGUCGAGACGCUCUUCUACAACCUACCUGUGCGGCGGAAGGAGCUGGAGAAGAAUAUCAAGAGAGAAUACAACAAGGUGUUGGCACUACUCAACGCUUACGCGUGCAUCAGCGUGGGCGUCAAGUUCUCCGUGACCAAUCUGAUGCCUAAGGGGAAGAAGACGAUUGCCUUUUCUACGAAUGCCAACCCCAGCACAAGAGGCAACAUCUCGAAUGUAUAUGGAGCGAAGACGAUUGCUGCUCUCAUUCCUCUCGAUCUCGACUUUCGGAUGGACCCCUCCAACCGACCAGGUGCUACACAAAGUGCGAAGAAUUCGAGUCCGCAGGAAGAUUCAGGUUCGCGAAAGGUCAGAGUUGUGGGUCACAUCUCGCGGCCUGUUGUUGGCGAGGGACGCCAGACACCAGAUCGGCAGAUGUUCUUCGUCAACUCGCGGCCCUGCAACCUGCCCCAGGUAGCAAAAGCUUUCAACGAGGUCUACAAGUCGUACAACAUCACGCAAUCGCCCUUUAUCUUCGCCGAUAUACAAUUAGACACCGAAGCAUACGACGUCAAUGUUAGCCCGGACAAGCGGACAAUCAUGUUGCAUGACCAAACGGCGCUUCUAGAGAGGGUGAAGGAAUCCUUGGCGGAGCUGUUUGCUGGCCACGACCAGAGCGUGCCCCAGGCGCAGCUCCUCGGGAAGCAGCAAUCGACCUUCAGACCGCCCUCGAUGCAACCUCGAGGCAGCACGCUAUCCAUCGCGGGAGAUGAUCGUGGCGAUGCGGGAGGUGCAGCUGAAGCAAGGCCUGAUAGUCGAAAGAGAUCCAGUGUGCCUACGGAUACCGACGUGCCAAAUGGUGUUCUUCCAGGGUUUGUCAAGGCGAGCCUAAUUGAGAGUUUUGCGGAGCGUGACGCCGAAGAUCGAGUGGUUAGACGGCCACCAAGACGACGAAGAAGCAGCUCACCAGAACACAGCAAGGUGAUAGAGGAGCGAGUAUUCCAUCCUAAUGUGAGACGGCGAAGUGCAACACCUGAAGCUGACCAACCUUCAAAUGAGCCUCGACCAAGAUCUGAAUCGCCGCUGUUUGAACCCGAACAGCCAAUAUCUCCGUCUCGGAUUAGGUUGGAGCCACCUUCGAAAGCCGUGCAAGACUUCAACGCUCGUAUAGCAUCCAUGCAUGCCCGACGAGUCGAGCGCGAGCGGUCGCCUAGAUCGCCAGGCCCUACCCCGGCAGACGCUAUGGAUGACGAGGAACCCAUUCCAGCCAUCAAGCAGACUCCUCAGAAAGUGUUGUCCCAAAGUAGCAUACAGAAUGCCUUCGAUCGUAUGCGUCCUAUGCGUACACCCAUCCAGCAAGCAACGAUCACCGUUGGAGAUACCACGACAACAACCACUAUAGGAAGUGGCAGCCAGUACUGGUCUUCCAAGCGGUCAAGAAUCUACACCCCCAAAUUCUCUCUGACUGGCACCCCUUUGAACCAGAACCCGAAGGUGUCACUGUUCACAAAUAGCCUUCGAGGAUUUGCAGCACCUGGCACACAAGCAGAAGGCAGUGAAGAGGAAGAGGAUGACGAUCAGGACAGCAGUAUGCCGAUGGCAAUACGGACGCCCUCCCGACAAAUGCAAGCAGCGUCGAAAGCGGUUGAAGAGCCCCGGACUGAUGAUUUAAUGGAGUCUUCAAGCGCCCCGCCACCAGGUGAACCCUUCGAAGAGGAGCCGCUUGACGGCAAUUCAGUUGUACCCGAUGCCAAGGAAGCAGAGAGCUUUGACGGAGAGUACGUUGAUGAAGAAGAGAAGAAGGUCCGCGAAGAAGCAAGAAUUGCGCGCCUGAUCGCCGAGGCUGAGAAGGCAGCUGCUCGCCCAAUAGAGAUCAACCUCAAGCGGGCGAACAAGCUCUUCAAAACAUCUCACAACAAACACUCCACUAUCCAUUUAGAGCGUGUCGUCGAGACGAAGGUCACAUCGAUAGCACGGCAUCUCCGCAACAUUCAGUUGAAUCUCGACGCUGCACAAGCAAGGCUAAAUGCAACAGCUGUGCUGCCCACAAGUACGCAGCUAAACAAGGAUGAUCCAGAAGAACGACUGAGUCUCACGGUGACCAAGACGGACUUCAACAAGAUGCAGAUUAUUGGUCAGUUCAACUUGGGUUUCAUCAUCGCAGUCCGGCCUCCUACUUCAACAUCGCCUACCUCGGAUCUAUUCAUCAUCGAUCAGCACGCCUCAGACGAGAAGUACAACUUCGAACGCCUCUCCACCACCACCAUGCUCGUUUCUCAACGUCUCGUACACCCGCACCCCCUUGAGCUCACCGCUGUCGAGGAGGAGAUCAUUCUCGCCAACGAACACUCGUUGACUGCCAAUGGUUUCGUCGUCGAAGUGGAUACAUCCAACAAGGAGCGCCGCGCUAAACUUACCAGCUUGCCGAUGUCAAAGGAAGUAACUUUCACACCGACAGACCUUGAAGAGCUCCUCGCUCUUGUCAUGGACAAUCCACCGUCCUCUUCAACACCUACGUCGCCGUACAUUCCAAGACCUAGUAAGGUGAGGAAACUGCUGGCUAGUCGCGCAUGCAGAAGCUCUGUGAUGAUUGGCAAGACGUUGCAGAAUAUGCAGAUGGAAAACAUCGUAAGACACAUGGGCAGUAUGGAUAAGCCAUGGAGCUGUCCGCAUGGACGGCCGACGAUGAGGCACUUGUACGGGCUAGAGAAGUGGGAGGGAUGGAAUGAAGGGGAUGGGGUUGCCUCUGUACGACCAGCUUCCCAACCAACCGCACGCAACACGUACAAGCUGCCGUACAGCAUCUCGGUCACGUAUGAUCAUGUCGUGACCCAAUCCUAUUUGUGA